AUGGAUGGCAACCCCUUUGAUGCAAAUGAUUCCACUACAACUCUUGCAAGAAAAAGGAGGAGGAUUUUGUUGUCAAAAAAUAAACUCUCUAACCAUGGCCAUAACAAAGAAAACCAUCCAACAUCAACACAUACUGCUGAAACAUUCGCUGCCCCUUCCAAGGACACUGCAACAAGAUCUCCUCUCCAGCCUACUAUCUCUAACGAUUCCCACACACUACCAUCUCAACACCAUGUUUCCUGUUUACAAAACAAAAUAAGAUCAAGAAUUCUUGCCGACAAUGGGGUGAAUCUGUUCAGCCGUUUUAACAAUGUGGAGACAUCUCCAACGUUCCAUUUAGGUGAAUCAUCAAACAUCGGCAAGCGGCAAAGAUUCACCCAAAAUCAACUACUAAUUACAACCCCUGCUGCUCUUAACAAUUCCCACACUUCUCCUAAAAUAUCAAACCCACAAUAUUUAUCUCCUCCUAAUCCUAAUGUAAGUAGAACAGAUUAUUCCUCCGAUGAUACCGAUGGAGAUUCUGAAAAUUGCGACUCAUUUGGACACAACUCUGAUUCAGAUGACUCCGUAGAACCUGAUGAUAUUCAUGACCAACACAACCAGUCUUAUUCUGACAUUGGUGACCCUGUGUGGGAAUGUAUAAUUUGCCAAGCUUGCAUUUGGAGCGGUAAAAUUGUUUUACCCUACAUGAAACAACCACCGUUACUGUUAGAAAAGCUACUUCAUCACAAAACUGAUCCUGAGAGCAAAAACUUUCAAGCCAAUAUACGAACAUACAAUGCAAUGUUUUCGUUUACAUCUCCGAGAAUGAAAUUUGACACCGAGAUUCCCAAGGGAGGAGGUCCUCAGACAAUGCGCCUACACGGUCAAACAUGUCACCGGAUAGGCAGUCUUAUACCACCAAAUGGUGCACUACCACAAUAUGCCCAAUUGUACAUUUACGACACUGACCACGAAAUUACAAACAGAAUGCGUUGUUUCAAGGACAAUACAUCUAUUGUAGCAAAGUUAAAGAGUAUGUUAGAUGAAGUUAAUGUUCUUGCCAAAGCGUUUCGAAUGGCACGUGAUAUGUUUAAGGCUAAUCCAUACGUCGAAUUGCGGCUGAAACUUAUCAGUGACAGACAUGACGAUGGUCGUGUGUAUAAUAUGCCAACCGUUGCGGAAGUUGCUGCCCUUAUUGUUGGAGAUGUUGACACAGGUGAAAUGAGAGACAUUGUGGUUCAUUACCGGAGUGGUAAAUUACAAAGAAUAGAUGAGUUCAAUCCAAAUUAUCUUUCAUAUCAAUACCCAUUGAUUUUUUGCUACGGUGAAGAUGGAUACCGAAAUAAUAUCCUUCACAAGUAUCAAGAUGAGACAACUGUUACAAGGAAGAAUAGGCAAUCUAUCAAGGAUUGGCUGUGUUUUCGUCUCCAAGAACACACAGAUGAACCUAAAACACUAUUGUACUUAAGGAAACUUUUCCAACAAUUUUUGGUUGAUGGUUACACUAUGAUGGAAUCAGAAUGUCUCAAUUGGUUGCGAAAAAAUCAAUCCAAGUUAAGGGUCGGAAAAUACAAUAAUUUGCAAUAA